AAGACGGACCAAAGUCGUACAUUGCAUGAUGGCUGGUCGUGUCGUGCAAAGGCCGCGCCGUCGUCUCGUGGCCAGGCCUCCCAACCCAACGGCAUGCAACAGCUGAAUCCGCGAUUCCACUCCAUGCUGCAUCGCAUCCCAUUUUCGCCUUUGCCCUCCUUUCUCAGGAAGUCCCUGAGCAUGAAGACGCGCCAGCGACUGGACUACCGCAACAAGCUCAUCCUGGCGCCCAUGGUGCGGGUGGGCACGCUGCCCAUGCGCCUGCUGGCCCUGGAAAUGGGUGCGGAUAUCGUGUACACGGAGGAGCUGGUGGACCUCAAGCUGAUCAAGAGCAUUCGCAGACCGAACCCUGCCCUGGGAACGGUGGACUUUGUGGAUCCCUCGGACGGAACGAUUGUGUUCCGCACCUGUGCCCAGGAAACCUCCCGGCUGGUCCUGCAGAUGGGCACCAGCGAUGCGGGACGAGCGCUAGCCGUGGGCAAGCUGCUGCAGCGCGACAUAGCCGGACUGGACAUCAACAUGGGCUGCCCCAAGGAGUUCUCCAUCAAGGGCGGCAUGGGCGCCGCCCUGCUCUCCGAUCCCGACAAGGCGGCUCUGAUUCUGCGCACCCUGUGCUCCGGCCUGGACAUUCCAGUCACCUGCAAAAUACGUAUCCUGCCGGAUGUGGCGGGCACCAUUGGCCUUGUGCAGAAACUGGCCGCCACGGGCAUUGCAGCCAUUGGCAUUCAUGCCAGGACGCGGGACGAGCGUCCCCAGCAUCCUGCCCAUCCCGAGGUGUUGCGUGCCGUGGCGCAGGCCGUGGACAUUCCGAUUAUCGCCAACGGCGGUUCGAGGAGCAUGCACUGCCACGAGGAUCUGCGCAAGUUCCAGGUGGAAUGCGGCGCCGCCAGCGUGAUGGUGGCCCGGGCUGCCCAGCUCAAUGUGAGCAUCUUCCGACCGGAGGGCCUGCUGCCCAUGGACGAGCUGAUCGAAAAGUACCUGCGCCUGUGCGUGGACUACGACAACGCACCGCACAACGCCAAAUACUGUGUGCAGAGCAUCCUCAAGGAGCUGCAGGAGACGCCGCGUGGCAAGCGAUUCCUUCAGUGCCAGACGCUGCAGCAGAUCUGCGAGAUCUGGCACCUGGGCGACUACUGCCGCCGGAAGCAGCGGGAGCUCAAGACGCUGGGCAACUCGGGUCGGGCGGAGGUCGAGCCGCCGGAGGCGCAGGCCAAGCGGCAGAAACUGGAGCAGGCGGCGAAUGCCAUCGAGGACGAGUACGCCGGCGUCAUUUGCCGGAAUAUGCCUUUCCUGCGCUCUACCUAUCCCAGUGAUAACCAUCUGCCCAAGACGCAACUCUACGUUUACUCAGGAAAGGCUGGCAAAUCCCCGCCAGCCUACGAGACGCAGCAGUGCGACAAGCUGUUCCGGUCCAUCUGCAGCUACGACGGCCAGCGGUUCAGCAGCUCCUUCUGGGAGAAGAACAAGAAGCAGGCGGAGCAGGGAGCCGCUCUGGUGGCCCUCCUCCAUCUCGGCCAGCUGGAGGCGGAGGUCUUGCGCGACAAUGGCAGCCUACUCAACUGAAACCCAGCAUCUGUUGCUUGUUUGUGUUAAGGGACACCUACUCGGCUAUGUACCAACCUCUUCGUUAGGACUUCAAUUGUAUGAUUAUUAUGGCAAAUGCCUUUUGUGUUGCGAAUAGACUAUGUGUUGAUAGGGCUACUUCCGUUGGGUUCAUUACAUGUUUAUUUUUUCAAUAAAAGGAAACCAAUAGAAUGUUA